AUGUCUGGUUGGACUCCAGAUAUGACCUCGUUCACGGAUCUCUUGCAGCCCGACGGGUCACCAGUUAAUGCUUGGCUUUUUCACUCCAAGGACUCUGUCACCGGUAAUUGCAAGACCGGCACUAGUUUUUGGGGUCAGAUAGCUGCAACCUUCAACUCUACCUCGGAUCCUGCCCGUCAUCGGACCUCCAAGCAACUGAAGGAUCAUUGGAACGCCUACAACAAGGAGGUGUCCCUGUUCAAUGCAUACCACAUCCAAGAAGAAGCGUUACGUCAGAGUGGAGCAGACGAUGCAAUGGUCAUGAAGGCGGCAAUGGAGAGUGGAACCAAUUCCACUGCCAAGAGAAGCCGUCUGGGAGUUUCUGGUGAGUAUAGCUCUAGCGACGCGACGACGGAGGAGGAGCGUCCAACGGGCCGCGAUAGGGCCAAGACCGCGGCACGUAAGGAUAGGAGGAAGGGGAAGGAAUCCUCAUCAAGCAGUGAGGUCGCAAGUAAAUCCUUCGCGAUGAAGAACAUGUGGAAUGGUUUAGUGAAGGCUAAGCUACUGAAGCAAUGGAACAAAAUGAAAGACCGAUCAACUGCCGACAUGAACGAAGCAGAAAAGCGCAAACAUGCGAAGGCCAUCCAGAUGGUGGAAAAAGAGCUUGAGUUGAGCGUAGUUCUUAACGACGACCAUGAUGCGGAUAAGACCGAAACUCGGGCUGCAUCAGGUGAGAUGACCCUACGAGUCAAGGGGCAGGCUGGCCUUCUGCAUCCCAACACCGUCGCCUCUGCCUGA